AUGCCGCCUCACGUGUUCGUGCGAGCAGAUCAAAACAAUGGGCAGGAGCAAGAGACCCUUCCUGCCCCUCUCCUCUUCUUCUUCUUCUGCUUUGCCCUCUUCACCUUUGUCUCACGUCUCGCCGACUCCCUUGAGGCCUACAAGCGCAGAAUCGUCAAGUUUCUUCUUUCCCCCCUGGGGUCUCUGCCCGACCAGCACGACGGACCGGGGGAUGACGAGCAGCUCUAUCGUCAUCCCGUAGAGCAGCAAGACACUGAUCGCCUCUUCACCUCUCAACAGUUUCUCUACCGUUCCUGCGGUGGUGACAACCUCCCCUUCGUCAACAUGUCUGCGUCCAAAUUCGCCAUGGACAGCGACAAACGCGUCCUCUACCACGCCCAGGUCACUCUGGGAUGCAACGGCCUGCGAGACCUCUUUAGUAUUGGCUUCAUGCGUCAGGACACGAUAGAGAGGAGAAUCAACGCCGCGGGCAAGAGGAUUGUCCUCAACGGCAUCGUCUCUCUCUGUGCCGUCUGGCUCCGCGAGAAGAUUGGCCGCGUCUACUCUAACCCGACCAUGGCGCCGCCCUCGCUGAAGGACCUCUGCCUCUUCCUCGAUAGCAAGGACUGCUCGCGAGACAUGUGUUGCCAGAUCUUGUGGGAAGCCUUCCAGGAGGUCGACCCGAGCCACACCGACAAGGUUGCGCUGCGAGUUGGCCAUGUCACGUUGACGAGUUUCCGUGCCGUCGUCGACCAUAUAUACGAUCACUGGUACCUGUGGCUUUUGGAGGGUGCUGGUCCAGAGCAGACUCCGCAUGAGAACGUUGCUGCCACCGGAGCAUCGGGUCACUUCCCUGCCGCGAAAGAGGGUAAGCAAAGGGCCAAGGACGGACAACUGCCCUAUCCUGCCUACAACCACGACCUUGUCCGGCUUUCCACGGAUGAGUAUGACCUUGGCUUCCAGGCAGGUCUCGAGCAACUUCACAAGGACCAGCAACCGGCCCCCGGCCAUCGCAAUGGUGAUGUCUCCUAUGGCGACAGAGCACCCAUUGGACACUGCCCCCCUUACGAUCUCGGAUGCGCUAGCUCCUGGGGCUCUCAACCGGACCAGUCCGAAAGAUGCGUCACUCGACUCCAAGGCUGCGUUUGCAAAACUUGUCACGUCAAAGGUUGGCUGUCUCAUAUACCCAAGGAGGGCGCUGAUGUCCCUGACUCAAACGUCGAUGCACUAGGUCGCCCUGUCAAAAAGAAUGAAGGAAAGGCCAAUGACGCGGAGCGAGCGGACUUGUUGGCCAAGCUUGACCGCCUCGCCAAGCGACAUCGCGAUCCUUUCUUCGCCGAGACCGACUCCGAGGACGAAAGAACACAGGAUCCGAAGCCCCUCGUAUUCGGACGCAAACAACCGCAAGUGUCACAUCCGGAACAUGACGGCAACAAGGGAAAGACGAGUAAGGGCACGGAGAGUGCAUCCUCAUCUGACCUGAUCUGCCUCGAUGACGAUGGCAUUGCAAUGGCCGAAGUUGAUCGUUUCUUGGCAGAUCUCGAAGCUUCUCUAGAGCGGGGAGAGCAGAGUUCGGUUACAGCACUGCAAGUCGAAGGCGAGUCUUACGAUGAAGAAGGGAUGUACGAGGAGUCCGCCAUGGAAGUCUCUCUGCUUGACGGCUCUCCCCAGAAGAGUGACGUGCAGAGUCUUCCUUCGGGACUCACGUCGGACAUUCAAAUUGGUUGCAUCAAGCCGCUGCGCAGGGAUCCCCCAUACCACCCUUUGGUCCACGACUUGUUUCGCGACCGAGACAACGUCUGGGUCCAGCGAGUGAAGCGUCCCACUGCUCUCGACAUGUGGGAUGCCGCUGAAAGCUCAGGCUCGAAGGAUGGUAAUCAGCAAUCGUAA